AUUCAACAUUGCGAGGCAUUCUAAAUAUUGGAAAUUCCCUUAUUCCCAUGUGUUAACUCGAUCAAAAAUCUGUUAAAGUGUGACAAAAACAAACAUACGAAAUAUGGGAAAGAAACGAAAGCAAAGCAAGAAUCCGAAAGCCGAAGAUGAGGAUUCAGAUGAUGGAUUUUCAAGAAUGCCACUGCCAGACCCUGAGUCAAAAGAUUAUUACAAUGAUGAAAUUGAGAAGCAUUCCUUACAGAAAGAUAAGAUUCUUCUGGACAGUGAUGCUGAGCCUGAUGAUGAAGACAUUUAUAGCGAAGAGGGAGAUGAAAUAAUGAAACUUGAUGAUGAUGAAAGUGAUGAAGAAGAUGAAGAAGAAAAUGAUAAGGACAGUGAAGAUUUGCUGGCAGAUGAAGAUGAAAAUGAUGAGGAAGCUGGACUGCCUAGCCGUAAAGCUUGGGGAAGAAAAAAGAAGGAGUUUUAUGACUCUGAUCUUAAAGAUGCUACUCAUUUUGAUAAUUUUGAGGAAGAGGAAGUGGUUGCAGAGGAAGAGGAGAAGGAAGCAAUGGCUUUACAGCAGAGAAUGAUAUCUCACCUUGAUCAACAAGAUUUUGAUUAUCUUGAUCUUGAGGAGCAGCCAGUUGGGGAGAAUGAAGAGCUUGUUGAUAUGGAUAUGGAAACACAGAUUGUCAAAGAUUUGCAUAAACUUUCAAAAGAAGAAAAAAUUCAGCUUUUAAUGAAAGAGUCUCCAGAAUUGUUUCUUCUUUUGGACGAUUAUCAAGCAAGGUUGAAUGACGUAAUCAGCAAGUAUCAUCCCCUUUUGGUGAUUGCAAGAACGCGUAAAAAUAUCAUAUCUAAAGAGGGAAGAGAUUUCAUCGAGGUGAUGAAUCAGCUUCUUUUAAAUUACUGUGUGAAUAUCAGUUUCUAUCUAAUGCUGAUAGCAAAGCGAGAGAAUGUCAAAGACCACCCGGUUAUCGAAAAAAUUGUUGAAUACAGAACUCUUUUGGAAAAAAUCGAACCCAUGGCUAAGCAGCUCGAAGGCCAAAUGAUGAAAAUUCUACAACAGAAUUCCAAAGUCGAUGAAAAUGCUGUUAAUGGGAAUAAUACAGAAGCUAGUCAGAAUUUGAAGAGCUAUGCUGAGGAAGCCAAGUCCAUGAAAACGAUAAUAACACCAUCAUUAGUGAACGAGAAAUCAAAAGCGAAAAAGGUAAAGGCAACAAAGCCAAGUGCAGAAAACCCGACUCAAGACCCGUGGGAUUAUUAUAAGAGUGUGUCCGAUAAACUGAAAGGCAAAAAGAAGAAACAGCAAGAAGCUUCCGAAGAUGUUGAAGAUGAAGAAGGCGGGGAAUCCGAGGCUGAUGAAGACGGCAAGAGGGGAAUUACGUAUGAGAUGGCUAAAAACAAAGGAUUGACAAGGAAGCGAAAGAAGGAGCAUCGAAACCCCCGUGUUAAACACAAAAUGAAAUUCAAAAAGGCGGUAGUGAAACGAAAAAGCCAGGUUCCAUUGGUGAGAAUGGAAGCUUCAAAUUACGGCGGAGAGAUGUCUGGAAUCAAUGCGAGAGUUACCAAGAGCGUCAGAAUCAAAUAAACUAGUUGUGCCUUUUUUACGGUAUCACAACAACUACUUUUCUGAUGAUAUGUCCUUUUAAAACCUGUACUUUCCGCUUCAGCAGACUGCUAUUUUCUGUGCGGUGCCAUUUUCUCAUGUUCAGCUCGCUAAAUUCAAUGAGGAGUAGUCAUUUGAUCCUAGUUAACCGCAUUUCAGUGUCUACAAUACUGAACAAUGAAUGACAAUCGGUAAAUGUAUAGCCUGUGAUCCAGACCCCUAUAAAUUAAGUGAAAGCUGGGUAUUAUGCGUCAAAUCUUGUCAUAGAAAUUGUCAUAUUUUGUUGAAGAAGAGAUUCCCUUGCGUAAGAACUUGAGUGAGAUUCGAUUCGGUUCUUUCUAACAACUUUAUUGUACUGAAUCAUAAACAUUUACGAGAUAAGAUGCAUAAAACUAGGCAUGCCUUUGUCUCGGUUAUCAAGACAUCUGUCUUCAUCAUAGACUCAACCUCGCAAACAGUCGCAAUGCUGUCAGAAGAUUACCUCCAGAUAUUUUCAAAACAGAAAAAAUGUCAAUAGAAAAAAGAAGCCCCAAUUUCUUUUGUUUAUUAUGGGUUAUUUAUGAUAGCCGAGCAUACCUACAUAUUUGAUGAUUUGACAGAUUUUGAUUGUGCGUACAAACUUUCUUACUUUAUGUUUUGUUGUAUAUCAGAUAGAAUGCUAUUCAGGCUUGUAUACGAAAUGUUAAAUUACGUCAUGAUAUCUUAUCAUAGAAAUGUUAAAGGAAAUAUUUUCAUGAAUAACUCUUUUAUAAUGAACCAGUUA